GAGAGCCGGAAGUCGGAGAGCCGAGCUUACAGUGGUGGACGCUAGGACCUGGGAGUGCGGGUCACCGGGGGGCGGGGACGCUCACGUGAGGACGCCGCCUUGGGGCAUCAUGACACCGGUGAAGACCCAGUGCUCCUUGGCGGGCCAGCUUUAUGCAGUGCCCCUCAUCCAGCCCGACCUGCGACGAGAGGAGGCAAUCCAGCAAGUGGCAGAUGCCCUGCAGUACCUACAGAACAUCUCUGGAGACAUCUUCAGCAGGAUCUCCCGACGAGUAGAGCUGAGUCGGCGCCAGCUGCAGGCCAUUAGUGAGAGGGUCUCCUUGGCCCAGGCUAAGAUAGAGAAGAUCAAGGGCAGUAAGAAGGCCAUCAAGGUCUUUUCUAGUGCCAAGUACCCAGCACCAGAGCACCUGCAGGAAUACGGCUCCAUCUUUACUGGCGCCUUGGACCCUGGUCUGCAGAGAAGACCCCGUUACAGGAUCCAGAGCAAGCACCGCCCACUGGAUGAGCGGGCUCUGCAGGAGAAGCUGAAAUACUUUCCCGUGUGUGUGAACACCAAGUCGGAGCCUGAGGAUGAAGCUGAGGAGGGACUUGGGGGUCUUCCCAGCAACAUCAGCUCCAUCAGCUCCCUGCUGCUCUUCAACACCACAGAGAAUCUGUAUAAGAAGUAUGUUUUCCUGGACCCUCUGGCUGGUGCAGUAACAAAAACGCACACGAUGCUGGGCACAGAGGAGGAGAAAUUGUUCGAUGCCCCUCUGUCUAUCAGCAAGAGAGAGCAGCUGGAGCGGCAGGCUCCAGAAAACUACUUCUACGUGCCAGACCUGGGCCAGGUUCCUGAGAUCGACGUGCCAUCCUACCUACCCGAUUUACCCGGCGUCGCAGACGACCUGAUGUACAGUGCGGAUUUGGGCCCUGGCAUUGCCCCGUCUGCUCCUGGUGCUAUCCCAGAGUUGCCUGCCUUCCACACAGAGGUGGCAGAACCUCUCCAGCCAGAGCUAGAGAAUGAAGUACUGUUGGCAGCACCGCCCCCGCCUCCUCCCCCACCGCCGCCACCUCCCCCAGCUCCCACAGCAUUGGUCAGUACCCCACAGCCACCGAUGUUCCCUGACAUGGCAACUGCUGCUGGCCAGGUUGCCAGGGAAGAAGACUCUAGCAGCAGCAUGGCCCACACAGCCUCUGUUCAGGGAGCCCCUAAGGAGGUGGUUGACCCCUCCAGUGGCCGGGCCACUCUGCUCGAGUCCAUCCGCCAAGCUGGGGGCAUUGGCAAGGCCAAGCUACGCAGCGUGAAGGAGCGCAAACUGGAGAAGAAGAAACAGAAGGAGCAGGAGCAAGUGAGAGCCACGAGCCAAGGUGGGGACUUGAUGUCAGAUCUCUUCAACAAACUUGUCAUGAGGCGCAAAGGUAUCUCUGGAAAGGGACCUAGCACUGGAACCAGUGAGGGACCUGGAGGAGCCUUCUCUCGAAUGUCAGACUCCAUCCCACCGCUGCCACCCCCACAGCAGCCGGCAGGAGACGAGGAUGAGGAGGACUGGGAGUCCUAAGAGUGCUUUGGCCAUUCUCCCACAUGGCAGAGCAGCUGGCAGGGGCUCCUCGGCCAGUUGGGGCCUUUCAGGGCCUGUUGCCCAAGGAGGUGCAGGGGGCUGGGCAGGUGUCCCAGGCCUGUGCCUAAUUCCUCUUCAUGGAGUCGGGACUGUAUGAGCCAUCUGCUGGCUUUGCUGAAGAGCUUCUUCCUUCAAAGGAUCCUGAGAGAAAACAGCAACACGGCGGAAUAAAGAAAGUAACUGUAGACCUGAACCCAAGCCAACAGUGGCCUUUAAUAAAUGAAGAGUAGCCAUGCGGGCUGCGGCUUCUGAGAGUGGGAGCUGUCCUUUUUCCCAGGUGUGCUGAGGCAUGGUGCAGGAUGACUGGGGGAAUGGACGUCUUUCUCUGGGAUCAAGGCAAAUGGGGAUGAGGUCCGCAGGGGACAGAGGGAGGGGUAGCUUUCCACUGGAAAAAUGCCUUGCUGUUUGCUGAGGUGGCUGAGGACAGGAGGGACUGCAAGCCACAGGGAGGGCUUGGAGGCAAACCGGGGAGGGGGACCUGUGAAGGACUCAGGAGGGACAGAACUGCAGUUAGGAACUGAAACUGGUGUGAGGUCCCUGUGAACACAGCCCUGAAAAUGUGGGUCUCUGCGGUUUAGAUGUUGCCUCCACAGAGGCCUCCUGUGAUGGACCAGGCUCUGUCCUCAGCCAAGCCUGGUCUCCAGCCUGAAGUCCAGCAGGACAUUGAUCCAGGCCUUGUUGAGCCGGGCGGGCGGAUCUCAGGCUGAACUGCCCUGGGUAGUUGCAGUUUCCUCAAGAUAAUCGAGAUUUGCUCCUGGUGUCUCUUUGGGAUAUGGGCCACUUGGGGACCACUCGGGGGUGCCACAGGGUGUCAGAAGACCUUCUCUCUGGGUGAAACUGCACAUUCAGGAACGUUUACCAAGGGUUUGUUGGGAGGGAAAGGCAGACUGAACCUUGUACACUCAGAGAAGGCAAGACCAAGGAUGCUCUCCCUGCACUGGGUGUGGAAACCAGAAUGGCAGGUGUACUGGCUGAUUUUGUGUGUCUACUUGACAUGGCUGGAGUUAUCACAGAGAAACGAGCUUCAGUUGGGGAAGUGUCUCCGUGAGAUCCAGCUGUAAGGCAUUUUCUCAAUUAGUGAUCAAGGAGGAAAGGCCCCUUGUGGGUGGUACCAUCUCUGGGCUGGUGGUCCUGGGUUCUAUAAGAAAGCAAGCUGAGGAAGCCAGUGGAAGCAAGCCAGUAAGGAACAUCCCUCCAUGGCCUCUGCAUCAGCUCCUGCUUCCUGACCUGCUUGAGUUCCAGUCCUGCAUCCUUUGGUGAUCAACAGCAAUGUGGAAAGUGUAAACUGAAUAAACCCUUUCCUCCCC